GCGCUUAUGUACUCUAUCGCAGCCACCACUGCGCGGCAGUGACCUCAGCUCCAGGAACACCUCGCUUUGGUAUAUUCGCGUAAUAUUGACUUUGCAUUCACAGACAAUGUCGCUUAGCAUGGCACACCAGUCUCCUUUAGUAUCGAUACCAAAGAAGACAACAGAGGAGGUGGAUUGGACGACUCCCAUCCGCUCAGCUAUCGCGCAGUCCUACGGUGAAGAUCCAGACAACUACGCUGCAGAAUGUGCGAACCUGCAAAGAUGUAGGCAGGACGCGGUGAAGGGUGCUGGAAGCGACAUGACAGCUCGGGAUUUGCUUUACAAGUACUUCGGUCAGCUUGAACUUUUGGAGCUGCGAUUCGCGGAGAUUCGAGUCAACUUUGCCUGGCGAGACGCGUUCACGAACAAACUCAUAACGCAAACAUCCAUUGCGUAUGAGAAGGCAUCUAUAAUCUUCCAAAUCGCAGCUACACAUUCUGCCAUUGCCGCUGCUCAGAAUCGGUCAGACCCAGAAGGACUCAAACGCGCGUUCUACUACUCCAGAACAUGUGCUGGAAUGCUUACAUAUAUCAAUGACAACUUCUUGCAUGCUCCCUCUACCGAUCUCAGCAGAGAGGUUAUCAAGUUUCUCGUGGGAAUCAUCAUGGCUCAAGCAACCGAAAUAUUCUUUGAGAAGUGCACAGAGGAGAAGAAGGGAAAUACUUUGAUCUCCAAAAUCGCUGCUCAGGCUGCCUUCAUGUAUACCGCACUAAGUGAUGAAGUAAAGGAGUUUAUGGGAAAGGGUAUCUUUGAUCGUAAUUGGGUCACGAUAAUUCAGACAAAGGCCAAGUACUUCACGUCCCAAGCACAGUACUUCCGCGCACUCGCUGACAAUGCUGCGGGCAAACAUGGCGACGCGUUGGUCCGCUUCCAAGUCGCGGAAACUAAUGCAAAGGAGGCGCACCGAACUGCAUCAUCUUUUGCAUCUCUCUUCGUCACUCAAAUGUCGCCAAAUCUUCCUCCUGAUGCCGGACCAUCUCUCUCAGACUUGACAAAGGCACACCUAGCACUGUGCACCGAGAAGAAGAACGAGGCACAGCGUGAGAAUGACUUGAUCUAUAAUGCUGUCCUUCCUUCUCCAGACACCCUUCCUGCAAUUGAGAAGACCAACGUCGCAUCUAUCAUCACUAUCCAAGACGUAUAUGCUACGCCGGACGUUCAGAAAGUCAUCGGACCUGACCUCUUUAUUCGGUUGAUACCUCUCAGUGUACACGAAAGUGCAAGUGUGUACUCGGAAGAGAAGGCCAAACUCGUCCGAGGCGAAGUAGAGAAAGCUGAUGAAGCGGAAGCGGAAGUGAAGAGUGCCUUGGACGCCAUGGGCGUGAAGGAUGGCCUUACCAGGUUUAAAGCUAUUGCUGAUGGCGCGUUGGGCGAAGAAGAGAUCCCUGCAGAAGUCAGACGGUGGCGAGAAGACAUUGCGCUGGUUGAAGAGCGUGAAGGUGUCGAGGGUCUCAUGGCCGAACUCAACAGACUGAAGGACAGUGUCCAGAGAGAGCUUGACUCUGUCAGUAGAGAUCUCGAAAUCGAAAGUCGGGACUGCGAAGCCAUGCGAGUGAAAUACGAUCAUCUCUGGACACAAGCUCCCUCCGCUUCUCUCACGAAGUCUCUUCGUCAGGACCUCAAGUCGAACUAUAGUGCGCUGGAAGCUGCUGCCGCAUCCGACGAACAGGUCGUUACGCUGUGGGAUUCAGUGAAGGCUGAAAUCGCGUUACUGCUUUCUCCGCAGGUGGAGGAAAUCUUCAGAGCUAGCACUGAGAAGGCAGGGGCUGGAUCGGAAAAUCUGUUGGAUCUCGAUGUGGCGAGUGAGAGUCAAGAUGAUGAAGAGCGUGCCAAGAUCAGGCAAUUUGUCGAUGAGAUUGAGGAACGUUUGAGUAGGUUGAACAGGAUUGGUAGGGAAAGGAACGAAGUCCUGAAAGACCUCAAGGAGAAGGUACAAUCGGACGACGUUUCUCAUUUGCUACUUCUCAACCGACGAAAUACUGGAGUUGAAAGUACCCUCUUCGCAGGAGAGCUGGAGAAAUUCCGACCGUACCAGCAGCGUCUGGCGGCCACUGUACACCACGAGCAACUUGCGUUGCAAGAGGUGUCGCAAUUAUGGAGAGGGCUCAAAGAUAUCGCUGGCCGUGGUCCUGGGGCACGUAAAUGGGAGGAGAGAGAACGUAGGAAGAAAGACACUGUCCGUAGGUUCUCUCAUGCUCGAGAUGUGUACAUGGAAGUCCGGGACGGUCUUGCCAAGGGAUUGCAGUUCUAUAAUGAGCUCACUGAGCUCACAUCAUCCCUCAAACGCAAUGCCAAGUCCUUCAUUUCCAGCCGUACCGUCGAACGCGACACUCUUGUAGGCCAAGCUGAGACUCAGAAACGUCUGUCAUCCACGACAUCGUCUCCUCCCCCUCCGCUGGCCGAGAAACCUCGACCUCCGCCGCCGUCUCGCACGAGUCUGGAUGGUGCAUUUGCGUCUAUGAAUAUUCGCGGUCAUGCUCCCACCCCACCACAACAGCAACUACCUAGCCAGACUUCAUGGUCGACCACCCAUCGGUAUAGCUCUCCUCCCCCGCCUCCACGUCCGAGCCAGCCACCCUCCGCUCCCACUCGCGCCUCCAUGCUGCCGCCGCCACCACCUGCACCAUAUCAACCUUCUGCACCUCCUUCAGAUCCAUAUGCUUCUUUGGGUAUCUUUGGCAGUUCUGCUACAUCGUCCUCAUCCACAACUUAUUCGACGCCGCCGCCUUCGACAUCAUCCGCAUUACCUCCGCCCCGACCUCCACCUCCACCUCAACAACAACAACAGCCAUAUGUGUACACUCAGAACCAGCCGCCUUAUGCUCAGCAUCAGGGACAACAAUCAUAUCCGCCACCUCAGUCACAACCAGCGUACGGCGGGUAUCCAUCGUAUCAAACACCACCACCUUCGUCGAACGGCUCACUUCCGCCGCCGCCUCCACCGAUAUCUUAUCAGUCUCAGUAUGGUAGUCUACCUCAGCCUCCACCGCAGGGUCAGCAACCCCAACAGCAACAGCAGGGUCAAUAUCAGUAUCAAGGAUUCCCUCCACCAAGUGCACCUCAGCAGCAGCCGUAUGGCGGACAUGGAUACCCUCAAGGAUAUGGACGUUAGUUGUAGUCAAUAGCGGAUGGAAAUGAAUGUUGUAGGUCUAGGUAUCAGCCGCCAUGGGUUGUAUGCAAGUGUAUGAACGAGUGAAUUCAGCAGUUGGAUAGGCGGGAAAUGCAAUUUGUAAGUUCAGAUUAGCCUGACAGUAAAACAACCGGUAAGAGACUUCGGCAAGUUGAUUCCUGGAUCUAACCAGUAUAUACAAUUUGUCUAAAUCCAAAUACCCUUUUACAGAGCACUUGCACCUGUGCAAACGUCAGAGAUGAAUAGACACGUGAGUAGAUAGAAAACGGACCAGUAAUGAUAUCGAC